GAUGUUAGCACCCUUAAGCAAUCAUCCUACCUGCAUAAACUGAUCGAUCGAUCAGGAUGAAGAUAUUCAGGGCGCAAGGUAAUCCUUGUGCCACAGCUCCGUAUAUAUUUCUCAUGCAGUUGCUCCUUCUCUGCCUGUGUUUAUUCUGCACCGGUUCCGCCCAAUCCAGCCUUACCAAAUGCCCCGGCAGCUCCAUCAACAUCCCAUCCCCUUUCAACAUCCCUGACAACUCGAGCAUCUCGAGGAAUCCAGGCUUCGACAUAUCAUGUGAAUCAACAGGGCCAAUGAUAUCGCUCGGUCGCAAGCAGUACAGGGUCCUGGGCAUCUCGCUGCUCCAGGGCUAUGUACGUGUAACCGGUCACACCGUCUACACCCAGUGCCAGCAGAACGCUGGCCCGGUGACCACAAACUUCAUUGACCUUCGGGGCACGCCUUUCACCUUCUCACACACACUUAACAAGUUCACCGUCGUUGGCUGUGACUCCAUGGCCAUGAUACAAAGCCCGGACGUAACGAGUCGGUACAGGGGAGGCUGCGUGUCGUUCUGCGCUUCCGAGGGAAGCAUCACCAGUGGCGCAUGCUCUGGGGUGGGCUGCUGUCAAGCUUCAGUGCCCGAGGAACUCAAGGUACUGAAGUUAGAGUUUACCAGCAUACGGAGCCAGCUCCUGCAGUCCUCCGGAUCUUUGGGGAACAUCAGUAAAAGCAGUAGCGCAUGGUGCAGCAAGGCGUUCAUUGUGGACCAAGGUUCCUAUGUGUUCUCCAGGGAUCACUUGGACAGAAACCUGACAAACCUGCCAAUGGUACUUGACUGGUCUAUAUCCGGCGGCAACUGCUCAGAGGCGCGUAGUGCGCCUCAGACCUACAUGUGCAAGGAGAACACCGAUUGUUAUACCGUGGCAAAUAACACUGCAUACCGCUGCAACUGUUCUGAAGGUUUCACUGGGAACCCUUAUCUGGGAUGCCAAGGUGAGAAAUUCAUGCUUGCAAUAGAUGACACCUUUAUGCUUUGAUUGCCACUAACUUAGAAUAUAUGCCUUAUUCUGAUUUCCCUUUCUCUACAAGAUAUUGAUGAAUGCAAAGACAAAAAUAAGUAUCCCUGCAUGCACAGGCACAAGUGCAUCAACACAGUUGGUGGUUUUAACUGUGCAUGCCCCAUGGGCAUGACGGGGGAUGGUAAGAAGCAGGGCACUGGGUGCAAAAGAGAUACAACGCUACUGAUUGCUGCAGGUGGAGGCCUGCCUUUGCUGCUUGUCCUCCUCAUGCUCGGAUUCUGGACCCACUGGCUUUUCACGAAGAGAAAGCUUGCGAAGAUAAGACAGAAAUACUUUUUGCAGAAUGGUGGCAUGCUCCUGAAGCAGCAGAUGUUUUCUCAGAGGGCGCCGUUGAGGAUAUUCACCUCUAGCGAGCUUGAAAAGGCAACCAACAGAUUCAGUGAUGACAACAUAGCUGGCCGAGGUGGGUUUGGAACGGUCUACAAAGGCAUACUAUCUGAUCAAAUGGUUGUGGCGAUCAAGAAGGCGCAGCGAGUUGAUCAGAGCCAGGUGGAACAAUUCGUUAAUGAGAUGGUCAUUCUCUCACAAGUGAACCAUGAGAAUGUGGUCCAGCUAGUUGGUUGUUGUCUCGAGUCAGAAGUUCCAUUGUUGGUUUAUGAAUUCAUCACCAACGGGGCCCUUUUUCACCACCUCCACAACACAUCAGCCCCGAUGUCGUGGAAGGAACGCCUAAGGAUUGCAGUGGAAACUGCAACAGCACUUGCCUACUUGCACAUGGCCACAGAAAUGCCAAUUAUUCACAGAGAUGUCAAGUCGUCAAACAUACUCCUUGACGAGAGCUUCACGGCGAAGGUCUCCGAUUUUGGUGCUUCGAGGCCAAUGGCCCAUAAUCAGACCCAUGUGACGACCUUAGUGCAGGGGACACUGGGGUACAUGGACCCUGAGUACUUCCAGACAAGCCAACUGACAGAGAGAAGUGACGUCUAUAGCUUUGGUGUAGUACUUAUCGAGCUAUUGACAAGGCAGAAACCAAUAUUUGGCGGUAAGAUGGAUGAGGUGAGAAGCCUAGCAUUGCAUUUCAGUAUACUAUUCCAUGAGAACCGGUUGUCCGAAAUUGUAGAUCCUCAGAUAGACGAGGAAGCUGGGGCUAGACAUGUUAAAACUGUGGCACAGCUGGCCUUGCGUUGCUUAAGGCUGAAAGGUGAGGAGAGGCCAAGGAUGGUAGAGGUUGCAGUCGAACUUGAAGCGCUGCGAAGACUAAUGAAACAACACUGCAUAGUCAAUUCUGAAGAGUGAACAAGAGUGUUGUGUACCAGACUUGCUAGACUUUACAAUUUAUGAUUCAGUAAGUAUAUUGAUUUGGCAAGGAUGUGGACACAAG